AUGUUCUUCUUCAACACCAAACCCAUUGUCUUCCUCGUCGUCUUAUCUGUUGUCGCUACCUUUGCGGCCGCCACACCCGCCAUGCUCGCUCGCGGCGGCGGCAGCUCCUGUGCCCCCUCCACCUCCCUCAAAUGCUGCGACCACGUCGGGACUUUCAGCGAGGUCUCCCCCUACAUUAAUCCCCUUGAACUCGUUGGGGUGAUCGCCGCCCUCUUGGGUCUAGUCGGAGAGCUCUUCACGUCCGUCACUCUCGCUCUCACCUGCAGUGGCAUCGAUAUCGGGGGCUCUUGCAACUCGCAGACCGUCUGCUGUGAGAACGUCGUCUUCAACGGCCUCGUCAAUGUUGGAUGCACCGCUAUUGACAUCCUUUAA